AUGUCUCGAGCUGUGGAGUGUGACCAGUGCCCUUUGCGCCUUAGUCGGCGAGCGGCACUGACCUUGCACAAGCUUGCAGUGCCGUUGGUAGUGCUUCACUUGGUGGAUUUCAUUUGCCAAACAUCGAACCCUGCCCAGAACCAGCGUGACCUCAUGGUCUUUGAAGUGUUUUCCGGUGUGAGUCGAAUCUAUUCAACUGCCCGGGAAGAGCGUUUGAAGCCGGACUACUACGAUGUGCUAUGGCGUCCGCGGGUCAACGACCUAUUGGGGAUGAGCGGAUUGAUUUACGCAGUCCGUCAGACUCUCCGAUUGGUUCCUUCAGGCUUGGUUUUUCUUGGUGUUCCAUGCAGCAUGCUGGUGUGGAUUUCGAGUGGUACACAUGGCAGAGCAGCUCCCAAUUUCAUGGGAGAUUCAAGUAUCCCUGGUGUUGUUGCUUCCAACACUCUUCUUGCAAGAGCAUCGUUGCUAUGUUGCUUGGCAAUGGCCCGCUCAGUGUUCUGGGCUGUAGAACAGCCGGGCAGUUCCUGUUUACCCAAGACUCCUUACUGGCGCCGCUUGUUGGUCCUCAAGAUCAAACGGAUGCAUUUCAUCCGCUUUUAUAUGGGAGCCUACAAGCACAUGUCCUGGAAACUCACCAUGGUGUUUGGGUCGUGGCCUCGAAUUCCUAUGCUCUACCGCAAGUUCACCAGGUGCGGUGGCAAAGACUUGAAGCGAACUGGAGAAUAUACCAAGCCUUUUGCCAGAAAGGUCGUCAAAGAGUUUUGCAACUUGACGGCUGGAGAAAAGGAAGAGGCUUCGAAUGUUGACUUUGAGAGGAUGAACCCAUUAAAUGCUCCAGUACAGUGGAAACAUUUAGACCUCAAGCAAAUUGAGGAGUUUCUGCAACAGCGGAUUGAUGAUGGGAGUUUCCAUCCUCAGUUUGCUUGGAAGCCCGAGCAUCUUGCAUAG